CCAGAAGACAGGUGAACAACAAUUAUAUUGAUUCAAACGAAUUGAAAUAAUAACGUUAAAUUAAAUUGCGAGCCAAAAUGAUGACCUAUCAAGUUUUAGCUUUUGCCCUGGCAAUUGUUUUUGUCGCCAACAUCUCUCACAUUGCUGGUGUUGCUCAAGUAUUCAACUAUAAUGUGACUGUGAAAACCUCAGGAUCAACCAAAUUUACCGAUCAUGAUGGUAAACUCAAGCUCUCUGUGAUCAGCACAAAUGGUACAAAGGUUUCACAAGCAGACUUUGUAUUGACACCAAAUGAUGUUAAUCUUGCCAUGAAUCGCAAUUACACUUCACUAAUUGCAUCGUUUGCUCCACUUAACAACAUCACAUCUGUUUACCUCCGAUGGACUCUGUCUUCUCCAUACAAUCCAUAUUAUGCGAUCAAAAAACCAUCCAUCUUCUUUGAUCCAAUUGUUUUUGUCUACAAUUACAUCGAUCCUAGAACACAUAUUUCCUCAAAACUGAGUCGUAAAUUUUGUCCACCAACUCAACCUAUUGGAAUCAAACACUCCGAUGGUGCUUCAUUCUAUCCUUGCGUCUGAAUAAUUUAAUUCCGUUGAUGUCAUGAGAAAAAAUGUUAUAAUUAAAGAGUUUUGAAACAAAA